AACAGAGAAGAGAGAUGCGUUUACUGAGCUUAUGUCUCCGAAGAAUAAACAGCGCAAGCAGCAGACUGUGGAAAGCGACUCUCGAGAUGCAAAACGCAAGACCUACUUUGGCCCUCGCGAUGCCUUAGGGGCCUACAUUGCUCAUCCAGAAUCCUAUCCCUCGAACGUGGUGGUAUACUACAACAGCGAUUUUGUCGCCAUCAACGAUCUAUUUCCCAAGUCUACCGUCCAUUUGCUGCUCCUCCCCCGCCACCGGGAUAAGAACCGCCUUCAUCCCGUUGAUGCGUUUGAAGACCGGGAAUUUCUCGAGGCUGUGAAAGCGGAAGUCAAGAAGCUGCGUGCUCUGGCAGCGGCUGAACUGAGGAGGCGGUACGGGAAGUACUCAUUGCAAGAGAAAGCUAGGGAGGAAGCAUUGAGCGCAGACCCUCCUCCCGAUGAGCUCCCUGCCGGCCGCAACUGGGAACGAGAGAUCAUGUGUGGAAUCCACGCACACCCGUCCAUGAACCAUUUGCACGUCCACGUAAUAUCGGUAGACCGGUAUAGCGAACGGUUGAAGCAUCGGAAGCAUUACAACAGCUUCUCGACGCCGUUCUUCAUUGACAUUGAGGAUUUCCCUCUUGCACCGGACGACCCUAGGAGGGAUCCGGACCACGAAGGCUAUCUGCGGUGGCCGUUUACCUGUUGGAGAUGCGGGAAAGAUUUCGGUGAUCAAUUUGCUGAAUUGAAAAGGCAUUUGAAUGACGAGUUCGACCAAUGGAGAAGGUUAUGA